AUGCCAGCCAGAUUGAUUGACAGAUACGACCAUGUCCCCGUCACAAAAGAAAAUCUCCCCUGGGCUGAGCUGGUGACCCUUGAUCUGAGUCAAUAUGACCAGCCGGGAGGCAAGGCAGAGCUGGUGAAGCAAUUGGACCAUGCAGUGCGACACGUGGGAUUCUUUUACGUGAAGAACUUCAACAUCAGCCAGGACGAAAUCGAUCGCCAAUUCGCCCUGGGUCGCGAAUUCUACGCACUGCCACUGGCAGAGAAACUCAAGUACCACAACAGUGCCGACCUCGAGAACGGCCAGUACAACGGUUACCGACCUGCUGGUCAUCGGGUUCUGGGGAAUGGCAUCAAGGACAAUAUCCAAGUAUACAACAUCCCCAAAUUCGACGGACACCACAUCCGCAAACAGCCCCCCGUCCUCGAAGACCACAUCGAGGAGAUCGAAGCAUUCAGCCGGAAAUGCCACCGUGAAGUCGUCGUCAAACUCCUCCGCCUCUUCGCCCUUCUCCUCGAGCUCCCCGACGAAGACCAGCUCGUCCGCGACCACGACUACGACCUCCCGGGCGAGGACCACCUGCGCUACAUGCAUUACGCCGCGCGCAGCCCGGAGGAAAACCAUAAGGUGGCCAGCAUCUACACCCCGGGUCACACCGACCUCGGCACCGUCACUCUGCUCUUCCGUCAGCCCGUGGCAGCGCUGCAGAUCCUCAACUCCGCGGGGGAGUGGAAGUGGGUGCGUCCCCAGGAUGGGACCAUCACGAUCAACACGUGCGAUGCGUUGACGGCGCUCACGGGCGGGUUAAUCAAGUCGAGCAUCCACCGGGUUCACGCGCCCCCGCCGGAUCAGGCGCAUGUCGACCGCUUGGGAGUUUUGUAUUUUGCUCGACCCAACAACCAUGUUGUGCUCGACCCCAUCACGAACAGUCCGCUGCUGAACCGGCUCGGGCUCACGCAGAAUGUCUUCACCGAGUUGGGGCAGCAUCUGACGACCGAGCAGUGGGUCAAGGUGCGACAAACGCAGCAGCAGAGACGCAAUCGGGAUGUCACCGUCUCGCAGGAUGGCAAGUUCUCGUAUGGUGAGGGGGAUUUGAAGAUUCUUCCCGGGCUGGAAGCCAAGAUAUACAACUAG